GCCAGAGUUCCCCUGCAAGCCGCUUUAUAAAGCGCUAAAAUUACACGCCAGCGACGUGGUUUCCUGACUGCCCCACAAUUGGCCGAGCCCGACCGGGGACGGGGACUUAUAAAAAGGAGCCCUCCUACUCGCAGCACACAGCCGGGCGAGAACACUUGUUGCGGAUCAAGCGGGGGAAAAAAGGCGCACGGAUUUACGCGCAGCUUUUUUUUGUGUUGCCACGCAAAACCAAAACAUGGCUCUAUCGGGAGUGAUGCUGCCCUCCUUCUCCACAUUCACCAACGCCAGAGAGAAGCCGUGGGAACACAGGUGGAAAGCAGAAAGCGACAAGCCCCCCUCAUCCGGGGUCUGCUCCAUGCUGGAGACAAUGCACGGGGUGGAGAACCUGUGCGCCAAAAAGGACGACGAGGAUCUGAGCAACUACUUGGAUCUGGAUUUUAUUCUGGCCAACAGCACCGCCUACGUGGCUCCGUCCGAUCCGGGGGUGUACAGCGAGGAGGCCGCCUUCCCAAACGCGUCCGGGGACCACAGGUCCCCGCCACCACCGUACGGUGCCAGCCUCAUGACGGAGCUGCUGCGCUCUGAGCCCGGAGGUGGCGGUGGCGGCGGCUACGGCGCAACGCGUAGCCCCCCCGCAGUGCAGGGCAGGUUUUACGUCAACACCACGCCGUUCCCGCGCCAGGACAUCAAAGUGGAGCCCCCCAUGGAGAGCUACGGCCCCGUGAUGGGUAUGGUGCCUCAAAGCUGCAGCAAAAUCAAACAGGAGGGGAACGUUUCCUGCAUGAUGUCCUUCGAGCAGCCCCGAGUGGCCAUCUCCCCCUUGACGCCCCCUCUCAGCCCGGACGAGCAGGCGGCCUCGGACAUGUGCCCGCAGAUGAGCUGCUUCUCCGGUCACAAGUACCACAACCCGACCUCCUUCCAGCACGCACCCCAUCACAUGCACAUGGCCUACCAUGGAGGGCACCACCCGGCUUUCGGCGUCUACGACGAAGCCCUCAGCAUGCAGCCCGGCGCUCAGAGAGUGAUGCUCACGCCGCCGUCCUCCCCACUGGAGCUUCUGGAGGCCAAGCCCAAGCGGGGGCGACGCACCUGGCCGAGGAAGCGCACCGCCACGCACACCUGCACCUUCGCCGGCUGCGGGAAGACGUACACGAAGAGCUCGCAUCUGAAGGCGCACCUGCGCACGCACACGGGUGAGAAGCCAUAUCACUGCAGCUGGGAAGGCUGCGGAUGGAAGUUCGCCCGUUCGGACGAGCUGACGCGUCACUUCCGGAAACACACCGGACACCGGCCCUUCCAGUGUCACCUGUGCGAGCGGGCCUUCUCCAGGUCUGAUCACCUCGCACUGCACAUGAAGAGACACAUGUGAAGGACUCACUUGGGUGGGGGGGGGGUUAGUUGUUGGGAUGUUUUUGAUAUUUAAAAUAUUUCCACGUGACCAAAGACUUUUGUUAUAUAUAUAUAUAUAUAUAUAUGAUUCUAAUAUUAAGAAUGUUAUCCAAUAAUGUGGCUGGUACUACUUUGCUUGGAAAAAAAGGGGCUGGCCCUGUACCUGAUGCAUCUCAAUACAUGGGAAUAUCUUAGGAAAACUAUAAUAUUCCAUAUAGUACAGAGCUGAAGAAUGUAUUUCUUCAUAUUUGUGCUGACGGCGGCCAUUAAAAAGCAGUUUAUGCCUGAUAUCCCCAUGUAUUGAGAUGUAAUCCAUAUUCUGCUCUGCAUUGACACAACUGGAAAGCUGCGUGUGAUACACAAGUGCCUUUCUAUGACUCUGCUACUGUUGACGGUGACACACACACACCACUUUAGUAGACAAUCUUGUCCGCAGGAAGUGCAAAAGACAAUGUUUUUUCCCAAAGAAAACUGCCUCAAUGAAUGAACUGAAUGGCUUAAUUAUUAUUAUUAUUAUUAUUAUUGUGUGGUGAUUCCAGCCCCCUUGUGUACACUAUCAGGGCUUGACGUCCUGUGCAUUAUUUUGUACUUAAAUAUAUAUAUAUGUACAUGAUUUUAUACUGCCAAAUGUGUAUUUAUUGUAAAUAUUAAAAUCU